CCCUCGUGAGGCUGACGAGUGAGAAAUACUAUAAAGAAUGGCAUGGUGCCUCUCGACCGUACACUUUCCGGCUGCUCCAUAUUCAUAUAAUACUUCCGAUAGAUUCGCCGGCGCCGCUCUCCGACUCCGCUCGAAGCUGCCGGACCGCCGAUCCCAACAUUCCCCACGUUUAGAAAUAGAGGCCGCAGGGAACACCUACGGAACUUAUUUCCGGGUAACAACCUUCGGAGAAUCUCACGGCGGCAGUAUAGGGUGCGUUGUUGAUGGAUGUCCUCCCAGGCUUGCUCUCUCCGAACCUGAUCUGCAGCUAGAUCUAGACAGAAGGAGGCCUGGCGAGAACAGGAUAACGAGCCCUAGAAAGGAGAGCGAUACUUGCAAAAUAGCUUCUGGAAUUGCUGAUGGUUUAACGACCGGAUCUCCGAUCAAAGUGGAAGUUGCAAAUACAGGGCAAAGAGGAGCUGACUACAGUGACAUGUCAGUGGCUUAUAGGCCAUCUCAUGCAGAUGCAACUUAUGAUUUCAAGUAUGGUGUAAGAUCAAUCCAGGGCGGCGGUAGAUCUUCUGCAAGAGAAACCAUUGGGAGAGUUGCUGGUGGAGCUAUUGCAAAGAAGAUUCUGAAACAAUAUGCAGGGACUGAAAUUCUAGCCUAUGUUUCACAAGUGCACAAAGUUGUCCUUCCUGAGAACUUGGUUGAUCAUGAAACUCUAACACUUGAUCAGGUAGAGAGUAAUAUUGUGAGGUGCCCGAAUCCUGAGUAUGCCGAAAAAAUGAUUGCUGCUAUUGACACCGUCCAAGUGAAAGGUGACUCAGUUGGCGGUGUUACUACCUGCAUUGUUCGGAAUGUCCCAAGGGGUCUUGGCUCUCCGGUGUUUGAUAAGCUUGAAGCUGAAUUGGCGAAAGCCGUUCUUUCAUUACCUGCGUCGAUGGGGUUUGAAUUUGGCAGUGGAUUUGCAGGUACAUUUAUGAGUGGUAGUGAGCAUAAUGAUGAAUUCUACAUGGACGAACAUGGUCGAAUUAGAACACGAACAAAUAGAUCUGGUGGAAUACAAGGUGGAAUAUCUAAUGGAGAAACUAUCAAUAUGAGAAUAGCUUUCAAGCCAACACCUACAAUCUUUAUAAAGCAGAACACUGUUACUAGAGAUGGACACGACACAGAGCUCAAAGUUCGUGGUCGACACGAUCCUUGUGUAGCUCCACGAGCUGUUCCGAUCGUGGAAGCAAUGGUGGCGCUGGCGCUCGUCGAUCAAUUACUGGCUCAGUAUGCACAAUGUAUGCUCUUCCCGAUCAAUCCGGCAUUGCAAGAACCUCUAAGAUGGCCAAAUAAUGAGCGGGCACAAGUCUCCCUCUAAGGCCAUCCGGAGAUGCGCCACAUCAUUUUAUUAUUUGUUUGUUUUUAGAAAAAUGAGAUAUUUACUUCCCAACAUCCGGCGGAAAGAGAAAGUGACGUGGAAGACAAAAAGUAAUGGAGAUUUAUUGUAGACAUUCUCAUGCUCUUCCUUUGUUCUUUA